AGAUCUAGUAUUAUAUCGAAUAUGAGAUUUACGCUAAUGAUUUUCUUUCUUUUUGUAUAAAAAACGAUACAAGUAUCUGUGUUCGUUUGCGAUUGAUGCGCACGUUGAGCUUUGACACGAUCACUGUUGUAAAUACAUAUUUAAUUACAUACAUAUUAUUAUAUACUAUUACUAUUAUUACAAUUAUAGAUAUAAAACGAAAUGGCACUUGUAGAAAAAGUCAGUCUCAGCUUAUUUCCACCCGAGAUGCCAAUUAGAGUCAUAAAAUAAAAUUGUGUAAAUCCGAUAUCGCUGUAGUCGGAGGCUUGCCGCAUGCGCGCGUGGCAGUUGCGCGGCGUCCAACUCGAGCGACGAGCAUCCGCGAGGGAGUCAAGCACCCCUGCAGUUGCAGCUGGUGGUGGUAGGGCAGUGUGUACACAACGUCACUGGCAACGCAGGCUUUUUGCGCGCUAUACACAACGGCUACGAAGAAACGUAUAUAUAUGGAAGGCCAGCGGCAGAUAGACACGUUCCUCUCUCUAAGGUCAAAAAGCGUGUGGCGCUACUGCAAUUCACAAUCCGAUCCUUUUUUCCCUCGUAGGCGCGCAGUGCAGUGAUAAGGCAGUAUAUAUAACGGGCGCGCGCGCGCACGCCUCCCUCGUGCAGCAGCAGCAGCAGCAGCAGCCCUCCUCCCCUGCACUCUGCAGUUCAGCAGCUGAGUGGUAGUCGCCUCACGAUGCCAGUGCCGUCGCGCCACGCUGUUAGCUAGCCCAAAGUCCAGUGCACACUUUUUGUCAUACUGCAUCGAGGCGUCGUUUUUUCCCUUCCAUACGAGUGUGACUUUCGUCGGAAAGAACCAAUCCGCGGGUCCGACUCGAGCCGCGACGAUCGACGGCAAAGCUGAUCGCGACAUGGAUUAAUCGGGUAUAAGGCGGACGAGCGCGGAAAAUGGGUCGCUCGCGCGGUGCAGCGGAUCGCCGUCGCCAAGCCAAGCCUCGCACCACCAGUGCAAUGUCGGAGACUGCUCGAUCGCGUUGGCCCAGUUUCGCGGGCCGAGCGUAGCCUCCGAGUGCGCGCGAACUCCACUUGCACUGCCAUAUAAACUCGAGUCGACGACGACUGGACAUUUUUCAAGGUUAUAGCUACUUGACAGCUCGUAGCUUCGACGUGCAGCGCAGCCAGGAGAAAACUAAAAAAUAGUCAUCAACUAGAGCCGAUUUCUUUAAUCACUCAAAAAUGACAAUUACUCAGUCUAUGAACAGUCGAUAAUUACCUGCAACGAAACUUUAAAUCGAUCUCUGUGCUGCAUUGUCAUGCUCGUUUCUCAGCAUGUACAGAAAGGCAGCGUCUAACGUCGAGGACGAUGCCGAUGCCGAAGAAGCCUGCAGUGCUGGCGAUGCUGCUGCUGCUGCCAACAAAAUACCAAUCGAGAUGAGCUACAGCUGCGAGAUAUGCGGCAGGGACGGCUUCGACGAUGCGGAAAUGCGAUCGCACAUGGCGCUCCAUCAUCUCAAAGGCGCAGCCAAUUGUCCCUUCUGCGAUCUCGGCGAAAUAUCGCCGGCGGAAAUGCUGCUCCACGUAAACAGCGCCCAUUUGGAUUAUCUAACGCCAAGCACACCCGAAUCUCUUGCCUUUAUUGAUGACGAUGGUCUACUUCUCGUUGGUGACGGAGAGUUGACUGAUGGUUUGAUCACAAAAAAUGGGCCCCGCGAUAAAAGCACAUCAGUAACAUCCAAAAACUCUCCAAUUACAUAUGCAGCUUCAGUAUCAAAGACGUCGUCUAAUACUUUAAUAAAAAAAGGAGAAAAUAAAUCUAAGAUUACUGGUUCGUUGCUUAACAACAACAACAAUAACUCAGCUAUGAUUAAUAAUGAGCCAGUUAAUACAGCAGGUCAUGGUUCUCCUUUAAGAUCCAGCUUAAAUCUCCAAUUGCGUUCACCUGCAACUCCUAAACUUCCUGCACAAGAAUGUCCUAUGUGUCCUUAUAGUUCUGAUAGUCCUGAAAAAUUGCAAGAGCAUGUUAAUCGUCAGCAUUUUGAUUUGAUUUCACCAUCUAUUACACCUGGUUCACCUGAAACUCACAAUAGUACCUUCAACUGUCCAUUUUGUGUAACAUCAUUUUCUAAUUCUUCGGAUUUGGAAUUACACGUCAAUUUUGAACACAAAGAUAUUUUAAGUCCAGCAAAAGGUUCAUCAGAGGCAGCAAAAAGUGCAGUGGAAACCCCUUCUUGUCCUGUUUGUUUAUCUACAGCUUUUAAAAAUAGUAUUGAGCUCCAGUCUCAUAUUGAAGAACAUUUUUCAAAAAAACCUUCUCCUUCUCCUUUAAUUACACCUGAUGCCUCAGCAGAUAGACAGCUUGCUCGUGAUAUGGAAAGACGUGAAAAGGAAGUUCGUCGUCUAAGAGAACAACGUGAAUUUGCAAUGCUACAGGCUCAAUAUGGUAUGGAUAAUCAGGGUAAUUUUCGCGAACAAAGUGUCACUUACAUGCAAAGAGCCGUAUAUGCCGGUGAAAUGAGUGUGGCUGACUAUUAUGAAAAACAGAUAGAAUUAAGAGUUGCUGAAACUUGUGGAAUUGAUGAUGGAAGCUCUUGCACAAGAGCGCUAGUUCCUAAAAUCAAAUUGCUAAGUUCUUCGUGUGGCAAUGUUAUGAAUACCUAUAUGUGCACAGCAGUAGAUCAUUAUGCAGUAUCUUAUGGUGAUAAGGGUUGGGGGUGUGGCUACAGAAAUCUGCAAAUGAUGUUUUCAUCACUAUUGCAACACACAGGAUAUAAUGAAUUAUUAUAUAGAGCAUGGAGUUCUCAAGCUGACGGUAGUAGUUCCUCUGAAAAUCCACCAAGAAGUUCUAUUCCAUCCAUCUCCAAAAUCCAGAAGAUGAUUGAGUGGGCUUGGGCUCAAGGAUUUGACAUACAAGGUGCUGAACAGUUAGGAGGCAAAUUAGUUAAUACUAGAAAAUGGAUUGGUGCUACUGAAGUUGUGACCCUAUUAUCAAGUUUAAGAAUUAAGUGCCAGCUUAUGGACUUUCAUCGACCAACUAGUCCCAAUGGAAGCCAUCCAGAAAUGUUUAAAUGGCUAUUAAAUUAUUUCCAAAAAGAAGAAGAUUUUAAGCCACCUUUGUAUCUUCAGCAUCAGGGCCACAGCAGAACUGUCAUAGGAGUAGAACAACUUCGUAAUGGUACAAUAUUUGCUCUUGUCCUUGAUCCAAGUCAUAGUAAAUCUCAAAUGGCACCAUUUAAUAACACUGGUACAGCUAAUUCAGCUAUGAGGCUUGUGAGAACCUCCAUUGCCGCAAUGAAAGCUAAACAAUACCAAAUAGUUGCUGUAGUUGGUACAAUGGAUACAGAAAUGGAGUACCAGCAAAGUAAAGUACUUCGCUCUCAAAGAAUUCCUCACGAUAGGUGAGACUCAAUCAAAGCUGAAUUAGAGUUCUGUGCAACAUAUUUAGACUAUUUAAUUAAACCUCUACUUUAGUUAUUAACUUAUAUAGGCAAAAACUAAUAAUUUGUAAAGAAAACAUGUUCUCUAAUAGCAGAUAUUGUAUCUUAUGCAUUAUUGAAUCAAAACUGAGCAUCUUUAAUGCAAUGACCAAAAUAAUUAUUGUUAUUUAAAAAAAUUCAUUAUGAAAGUUGAACUUGUCGAUCAUUGAAUUAUGAAUCUCAGUGUCGCAAGAAUAAACGUCGAAUUCAUUGUUGAAGCUUGUCGUGAUAAUUUUAAAUUUCAAAGGGACUAAAAAAUAAAAAAUUUGUAAAUACAAUAUGAA